AUGUCUUCUUCAUCCUCGUCCCUGGAAGCUCGCAAGCAGGAGAUCAUAGCCAAGCGCGCCAAACUCGCUGAACUCAAAAGACAGCGUGCUCUGCGCCAAAAGGAGUUCACUUCAGCCCGCGAGAGUGGAGAUGCAGCAGAGCUCAUUUCUCCCUCGCCCUCGCGUGCUAACAGCCGCGCAGACCUCGAUCAGCUCAUCUCCACUCUCGUCGACCGCCCUGGCCGUUCUACUCCUCGCGAUCAGGACUCACCUACCACCUCUGCCAAUGUUGGCGCCAGCCGUCCCAACUCCAUCUCGCUCGAUAGCCCCUCUGCUGCUUCAACUCCCGCUCCUCUCCCUAUUGCCAAUCAGACUCUCUCUUUCACCGCCGUCUCAACCGUCCUGAACCAGCCUUCGGACCCGAAACCAGACGUCAUUACAUACAGUAAGGGUGUACAGACCAGUGAGCCCUGGUCACCGCAACAAAAUCGCCAGCCUUCAGAUGAUGAGUCGAACUAUUCUCCCUCAAGGACAAGGAAACGCUUGAGCAGAAGAGAGCGCGAAAGGGAUGAGGAGCUGAGGCAGAAUAUUCGCAAGGAGAUCGAGGAAGAAUUACAGGCUCUUAAGCUGUCCGAGGAUGCCGCUUUAACAAACGGCAAGCAGAACUUCCCUGCACGCACCUUGACACAUGAAGAGCUGGGCGCUGUCACGGCCUCAGAUGACUUUCUGGACUUUAUCGACCGUUCCACAAAGGUCAUUGAGAGAGCAUUGGAUGAAGAAUAUGAUGUUCUUGCUGAUUAUGCUAUGCGCGGUAUGAACGGUUUGGAUGAUGAGGAGGAGGAUGGUCAAACACGCACCACCAGAGGCCGUCGUGUGCGCGAAUUGAUGCAGUUCCAAGACGAUCGCUGGACAAGUCGCCGCAUGAUCAGUGACCUUGACUAUUCUGUUAAAUAUCCUGAGUUGUUACUGGCUUCAUACACAAAAGCUUCCAACUCUUCGCACAGUGCUCCUGGUCUGGCUCUGGUCUGGAACGCACAUAUGCCGUCUCAGCCCGAAUACGUCUUCACCGCAACGAGCGAUAUCCUAACUGCUCGCUUCUCACCUUACCACCCCAGUCUAGUAUUAGGUGGUACAUACUCUGGCCAAGUGUGUCUCUGGGAUGUCCGCCACCGCUCGCACGACGGGGCACCGGUGCAACGUACACCUCUGGCUGGCGAAAAAGGAGGCCAUGCCCACCCUAUCUACAGUGUUGCAGUAGUCGGUACUCAAAACGCCAGCAGCAUUGUCAGUGUUAGCACUGACGGUACAACAUGCGCUUGGUCAUUCGACAUGCUAUCAAAACCACAGGAAUAUCUUGAGCUCAUCUCGCCCAUAGGGCGUAACCGUACAGAGGACAUUGCUCCUUCAUGUAUCAGUUUCCCCAAGGCAGAUCCUACCUACUUCUUGGCCGGUACUGAAGAGGGAGCCAUCGUCCCAGUCCACAGAUACGACCGUGCGGGUGCAAAGGCUGGCGUCGAUCCUCGUGUGUAUUACACUGGCCAUGCCGCCCCUGUUACUGGACUAGACUUCCACCCCAGUAAAGGAAAGGUCGAUCUUGGCGAUCUGGCCAUCAGUUCUUCUCUGGAUUGGAGUGUCAAGAUCUGGCGUGUCAAGCCUCCGAGCACAGCUGUUACCACUGCUGGAGUAGGCACUUCUUCCGGAGCACCUGAAAGACCUCUACUAGAGAUCAUGCGCGAAGAUGUCAUCUACGAUGUCAAGUGGUCACCUACAAAGCCUGGUGUCUUUGGUUGUGUUGACGGCGCAGGAAGAUUAGAGGUAUUUGAUAUCAAUGUCGAUGUCGAAGUGCCUGUCGCGCGCACGCAGCCCAGCCACACCCAAGGCGAUGUGUUUGGUGUAAAGAGCUUGAAUAGGCUCGCUUGGGAGCACAACGAAGGCAAGAAGGUCGCCGUUGGUGGUCUUGAUGGCAUUGCGACAGUCUUCGAAGUAGGCAACGAUCUCGGUGGUUUGGAGGGGAACAACAAAGGUGAAGAUUGGUUCGGAGUCAAGCGACUCAUCUCAAGACUCGACAAGUCACGAGAAGGGACCGACGGUCGAUGA